CGAAACAAUACAGGUUAUCCACGCAUAUCACAUUUCGAAUCCGACCAUUGAGCUUGGACGCAGUGCUCGGUCCGCCAGGCUCAUUUCUAAUGUCAACUCUCCCCUCCGUCUCGUUUGAAAUACCCAGGAGUUAUUUAACACCCCAAGUACAAGAAAUGCAGACGACCUCAGACUCAAUCGCUACUCACCUUCCGAGCAUUCUCCUGUGCUCAAGGGCCCUCAAUAACUUGUCGCGCUAUGGAUUGCGACAGCCCCUGCGAUCCACAUGGGGACCUCUUGCCCAAGGCUCUCAUCCGAUCUGAUAUCUGGUUCGCAGACGGCAAUAUCGUCCUCAUCGCCGACUCUGCCGCCUUCAAAGUACACCACGGUCAACUCGAAAGGCACUCAGAGGUCUUCCGUGACUUGUUUUCCGUCCCCCAGCCCGUUGACCAGAACCUCGUCGACGGCUGUCCCUCUGUCGAGCUGUACGAUCGUCCGUCAGAUCUAUACCACCUGCUCAUUGCGUUGUAUGAUGGAAUUUACUUCCAGAAGCACACUGCAGCAGACUUUGUCGCCAUCUCCGCCGUACUCCGACUCUCCACAAAAUACUUCAUCGAGCACCUACGCGAACGCUGCAUCGCCCGUCUCGCGAUAGACUGGCCCACAUCACUUCCUGAAUGGGAUCGCAGGGAGCACGACGGGACAGACACCGACGGCCGCUAUAACCCCCGCGAGAUAUUCCCCCACCCCAUCCUAAUGCUCAAACUCGCCUACGAGCUCAACCUCGACACCUUCCUCCCUGGUGCGUUCUACGACCUUUCGCGUUACGGCCCCAGCAAGAUCCUCUCCGGCACCCGCGGUCCCGCGCCAAUGUUCUACACCGAAGGCUCCCCCGAAGGCCAGCUCAUCCGCCUCUCAGACGAUCACAUAUGCACGACGUUCCUAGGCCGCGAAGCCGCACAGCUAUACAUACACACCUUCCUCGAAUCUGCCCUCCGCGACCGUCCGUCCACCAACUGCACAAACGUGGGGAAGCUGAGCGCCGUGCACUGUGUUGAGUCGUUCUACUUCAUACACCUCAACGUUCUGCGUUCUGUCGGUGGGAUUGCGUGCGGACGAGAUGCGGAUCCGCUGCAUACGCUUUCACAAGCUGCGGAGAUGUUGGAGAGGACAGAUUUUUCAGAUGGGGUGAAGACGUGUGGGUUGAGAAUGUGUUCGGUGUGCAAGGCUGAGUUUACGAAUGCUGUUAGGAAGGCUAGGAUGGAGGUGUGGGAUUUGAUUCCGGAAUGGUUUGGGCUUAGGGAGCCGAGAUCUGUGGAGGAUAUGAACUAGAUUUUUUUUACAUAUAAUAUGGUAUUAUGGUGGAAUGCGCAGUUAUCAGAGAUCUCAACACGCCGUACAGGCACGAAAAGCGAUGAAUUAUGAUAGAUACAGGAUGAGUGAUAUACAUUGAGAGUACGUUUAUUCCUCGCCGAUUUUUGGUGCGAGGUAGUACUUGAUCUCGCCUUGUCCGAACUUGUAAGACACCUAACCGCAGCACCGUUAACAAGAGUCGAACAACAGUAA